AUGGCUCCCUCGUCGCUCUUGUUGAGUGUAGGAUCGCUCAUUGCCUCAUCCUUGGUCUCAGCCACAGCCCUGGAGGCUCGUAAGACGCAGACAUACCAGCUUGCAGAGUCCUGGCAGGGCGAAAGCUUCAUCAAUGACUGGAAUUUCUUCGACGGAGCUGACCCUACUAACGGCUAUGUCACAUACGUCAAUCAGAGCUCCGCUGAACAAUCUGGGUUGGUCAAAGUCACUUCGAGUGGUAGCUUCUAUAUGGGUGUCGACUACGAGAACACCCUGAACGCCAACGGCCCCGGCCGUGAGUCGGUACGGAUCGAAUCCAAAAAGUACUACACGGAGGGACUGUAUGUCAUCGAUAUCGAGCACAUGCCUGGCAGCAUUUGCGGCACAUGGCCCGCCUUCUGGUCCGUCGGUAAGGACUGGCCCAACGACGGCGAGAUUGAUAUCAUCGAGGGUGUCAACCUGCAAAAGGCAAAUGAAAUCGUCCUUCACACCAGUGGCACUUGCGAUGUCUCGGGCAGCAACGACAUGACUGGCACCCUCUCUUCCUCGCAGUGUGGCGAGGCUUCCGGCACGAUUGGAUGUGUUGUCAAGGGGACCAAUGGCAGCUCUGGCGAUCCUUUCAAUGAGGCGGGCGGUGGUGUGUAUGCUAUGGAGUGGACUGACGCCUUUCUCAAGAUCUGGUUCUUCGCUCGCAGCCAAAUUCCCGCCUCUCUUUCCAGCGGAAACCCCGAUACCUCCUCGUUCGGAACCCCUGUGGCGCACCUGCAGGGCUCCUGCGACUUUUCGGAGCGCUUCAAGGCACAAAAGUUCAUCAUUGACACGACCUUUUGCGGUGACUGGGCCGGUAAUGUUUUUGGCGAAUCUAACUGUCCCAUGAGCGAUUCCAGCAGCCCCUUGCAGAGCUGUGUCAACUACGUCGCUCAGAAUCCCGCUGCAUUCAAGGAGGCUUACUGGGAGAUCAACUCCAUCAAAGUCUACCAGUACGGAGUCAGCGCUGCUUCGUCUGCCGCUGUCUCUCAAGCCACAACCUCCAAGGUCGAAGGCACUGUGGUCUCGGUCCAGGCUGCAAAUACUGCGACGCAUACCGUUUCCGCCCCCGCUGAGACAACAGCUGUUCCCCAGCCAGCUCAGACCAACACAGUUGAGGAAGGAACCUCCGCUGCCGAGUCCAUGACUGUUCCCGCUGUUACACCUUCCACCGCUGGCCCCACUGCGUCUGCCGCUGACGGCGGUGAUUCGGAGUUAGAAUCAACGAGCACCGUCUACGUCACAUCGACUACCACUAUCUGCCCUGUCGCGGAGAGUUCACCUGCGGCUGCCCUGGAUAGCAAGAAGAACGGUGCCUCUAGCGCGAGUUCUGGCGCUGAAGUCGUUGCAACUUUUAUCGCUGCCUCUUCCGCUGCUGCUGUUACAAAGUCAGAGCCUGUCGCAUCCCGGCUGACCGCAGGCGCUCUUUCUGAAAUCCCUACGACACCUCCGAACCCCGUCUCCCAAGCUGUCAGCACAGGAUCCUUCGAUGACUCUGACACUGCCCAAAGCGGUUCUGAAGAGCAUGGCUCUAUUGCCUCUGCGUCUGCCCCACCUUCCACAAUUCCUGUCCCAGUCUCGUCCGGCGCGGCUGCUUUAGGUGGCUCUUCUAGCGCCAGUUCAUUUACUUCGUCGCGUCGCGUUCUCGGAGCCACUGGAAGUUCUACAGCUGCAUCCGUCACUGCCAUUGCUACCUGGUCACCGGCAGCUGGUGAAAGGGCUUCCGGCACGGCAACAGGAUCGGCGACACUGACCGCACCGACCGAGGUCGUCUUCACUCCUGGCCUCAGCAACGGCGCAAACAGAAUGUCGGUUGGUAUUUCAGGUCUGAUCGGUGUCAUGUUCAUUGCUGCUCUGGCAUAG